AUGAGAGUUAACCAAACUUUAACAAUAGUCGCCGCGGCAUUGACGGCCGUCUCCGCUGUUCCGUUCAGUUCACUUGGCGCGCUUCAGACGCGCGAUGACAAGCCGCCAUACUUUCUCUUGACCGGCGAUUCCACCGUUGCCAUCGGCGGAGGCUGGGGAAAUGGCUUCCUCUCGUUUGUUGAGUCGCCGGCCGACGGAAAGAACUACGGCAAGAGCGGAGCGACGACCGUGUCUUUCCGGGCUCAGGGUAUCUGGGACACCGUGAUUGGCGAAGUUGAAGCGAACAAAGAUGCGUUUAGCCCGAUUGUCACGAUUCAGUUUGGCCACAACGACCAAAAGGCUGCGGCGAACAUCUCUGCCGACCAGUUCCAAGCAAAUUUGGAAAAGUUGGCUAACGAAGUCACUGCUGCUGGCGGAACCCCCAUUUUGAUCACGUCACUUACACGCCGCACCUUCAGCGGCGGCAAGGUUAUCCAGAACUUGGAAAAUGAGCGCCUCAGAGCCAUCGCUGCCGCGGAAGCCGUGGGUGCGACGUACCUUGACCUCAACACCGCCAGCACCAACUACAUCAACGCCAUCGGAAACGAGAACGGGCACAAGUACGACCUUGCUUCGGGCGACUCCACGCACCUGAACACCGCUGGAGAAGUCGUCUUUGGUCGCCUUGUUGCAGACCUUCUUCUCGAGAAGCGGACUGAUCUUGCCGUUUAUAUUAGAGAGAACAAGGCUCUUAGCGACAAAAUCAAGGCUGGAGAGUUUGCGACGGGCGAUGAGACUGAUUAA